GGCCAUACUGCUGAUAUGAAUAUAUUUUUAGAUGACCCAGAAUUUGCAGAAAUUAUUCUGAGAGCAGAACAAGCUAUAGAGUGUGGAGUUUUUCCAGAAAGAAUCUCUCAAGGAUCCAGUGGGAGUUACUUUGCCAAGGAUCCAAAAGGGAAAAUUAUUGGAGUGUUCAAACCAAAAUCUGAAGAGCCUUAUGGACAUCUAAAUCCAAAAUGGACCAAAUAUUUUCACAAAGUUUGUUGUCCUUGCUGCUUUGGCAGAGGCUGCCUCGUUCCAAAUCAGGGAUACCUCUCUGAAGCUGGUGCCUAUCUUGUGGAUGACAAGCUGGGGCUAGGAGUUGUACCUAAAACUAAGGUUGUCUGGCUUGUCAGUGAGACCUUUAAUUACAGUGCAAUAGACCGUGCAAAGUCAAGAGGAAAAAAAUAUGCUUUAGAGAAAGUGCCAAAAGUUGCUAAAAAAUUUAAUCGAAUUGGACUACCUCCUAAGGUUGGCUCCUUCCAGCUGUUUGUUGAAGGAUAUAAGGAAGCUGACUACUGGCUCAGGAAGUUUGAAACUGAUCCUUUACCUGAGAACACAAGGAAAGAAUUUCAGUCACAGUUUGAAAGAUUGGUUAUCUUGGAUUAUGUCAUCAGAAAUACAGACAGAGGUAACGAUAACUGGUUAGUCAGGUAUGAAAAACAAGAUGAUGGACUCGAUCUGUCAGAUAAGGAUAGCCAAUGGACUAUAACUAAGGAAUCUACUAUUAAAAUUGCUGCAAUUGACAAUGGUUUAGCAUUUCCUUUUAAGCAUCCUGAUGAGUGGAGGGCAU